UGCGCGCCCGCAGGUGAGCCGCCAUGUUGCGGCGCUGAGCGGAGCCGGCGCGGCCGGAAUGCGGCGCAGCGGCGGCGGCCUCGUCCCGCGGGGCGUCCUGCUCCUGCUCGGUGUCUGCAAUGCGCUUUCCCUGGAAAUUAAAGCCAGUUCUAAAGUGCGAGCUUUUGUUGGUGAACAAGUAGUGCUGAAAUGCUCAUUCACAUCCAGUUCUCCCAUCACUGAGAGUCUGACGGUAGACUGGACAUACCAGCCCCUCACGGGUGGUCGUAUGGAAACAAUUUUUCAUUAUCAAUCUGUUGCCUACCCAACAACAAUGGGAAAGUUCAAAGACAGAAUAUCCUGGACUGGGAAUGUUGCUAAGGGUGAUGCUUCCAUUGCUAUCCAAAGCCUAGUGCUGAGUGAUAAUGGGACCUUCAUCUGCAGCGUGAAGAAUCCUCCAGAUGUGUACCACAACAUUCCCCAGACAGUACUGAUCGUGUCGGAGAGGGGUCUUUCCUUCCAGCUAACUUCAGCAACGCUGUUGUCCAUCUUAGUAUUUCUCCCCUCCAUUAUUGUGGUCAUUCUGCUGUUGGUGAGGAUGGGAAGGAAAUUUGGAGUGCUGAAGGAGAAAAAAUCUGGCUGUAAGAAAUCCUCCAUCGAAGUGUCUGAUGAGCCUGAACAUACAGAUACAGACAACUGCUUGGGGAGACUCAGAGUCUGGUGUUGGAAGUGUGUGGACACGGAUGAGGAAGACCCAUACUGAGGAGUGACCAAAGCUAUGGAUAAAGAGCAAAAUUACAGCGUUGGAAAUCUUCACUAGAUAGGUACAAAGGCUGCUGGAUAACCAGAACACAUUGAAGAAGCUGCUUUAAUCUUGGUGGAUUGGAAAAAUAAUGCUGAUGGGAUAAUUCAUUUUUAUUCAAGCACAGACGUGAUGAUUUCUGAAAUCUUCCUAAUUUAUUGGAAAAGGAAAAAAAAAAAAACUCUUAAAACCUCACUUCUCCAGUGCCUACAGCAUGCUCAGUGCCUACAGCUGUACAGCUUGUUACUUACCAGCAAUCUGACUGCACGUUUCUUCGUUUACAUGCUGAUCUGUUUUCUUUAUUGUCACGGUGAUAUCCCUUUAUUCCUGUGCCCUUGAAUUCCAAUUGCCUGAAGCACACACUAAUCCAGAGCAAUAUGGCAGCUCUCUAAGGUGAUGAUCACCGUGCAUUGGCGACACUUUCUUCUCAGUUCUUUUGGAGCAUGUUUGCCAAAGGCACAAACUAGCCUGACUAGGUUGGUAUUUGGCAUGCUUGGUCUUGGAGCAAGGGGAGCCAGCUGCUUUUUAGCUGUUUCUUGGGGUGAUCUGCCAUUUAAUUACAGGAUGACCGCUUGGUUCCUACUGUUUUCUGAUGUUAUUUUUAUUUGUUUAAGUCACUAUCUGCCACAGUACUGUUAUCUCACAUUGUUGCAUUUAAUUUUUUUAUCCAACAACUGCAUCAGUAGCUGCACCUCCUACUGUUUGUAGAAGUGAAGCACAAUUCACAUACAGCUUUUUUUUUUUUUCUUUUUAAUCAGAAAAGCAAAUGGGGACUGUGGACCUGGGAUAACAUAAAACCCCAUCUACCUCAGCUGUUGACUCAGGACAGUGUGCAAAGCAAGGUUCCAUCUUCAGGAGAACAGUCAUGUUCUUCAUCUCUUUUAGGUACAAUUUUAAAGAAAUGGCGUAACAUGUCGGUACUGCCCUGUAAGAAAGAGAGUACUUUCUCUUUCAUUAACCAUAUGGAAUAAUGGGUGUCAUAGAUGAGAGCAGUGAAAUUCCUCUCUGUGUAGUACCUAAAGAGCUCCUCUCUUCUGCUUGUUUUCUGCAUGUGGCAUGGAUCAAAUAGUCUCCUUUUACAUAUGUGUCACAAGUUUACUGCCAACUUUGAUGCGCCAUUACCAAUAAACUGCUUUGUUUCUUUCUA